UGGAGGCCGGCGUGUGUUGUCUCUGUGUAGUGGGGCUGCGGCUGUGGGUGGGCACAGCUGACGGCACGAUCACCGUGCUGCAUGUGCGCACUGGGAGGUGGAUCGGGGCCUGGCAGGCACACUCCCAUACACCGUGCUCCCAGGCAGGGGCCAAGGGGUCACGGUCUGCUGGGUCAGCAGCAGGGUCAGUAGCAGGGUCAGCAGCUGGGUUAACAGCAGGGUCGACAGCGGCAGGAGAUGGAACGGAUUUGGAUCAAGUGCACUCCGCCGAUGAUGCACCCCUCUCUUCUCAAGCCUCCGCAUCAGCGGCGGCGGCCCCAGCAGCCAUCCGCCAGCUGGCGCGGUGCAGCAGCUUCAUCGUGUGCGUGGCGCGCACGGGCCAGGUGAGCGCGUGGCUGGCUGCCAUCCCCGGCCCGGUGGACCCUGUGCUGCGCUCCACCCUCUCCUCCUCCUGCGCCCUCUUCACUGCCCGCCAGCGCUUCCGCCUGGCUGCGUGCACGUGGAACGUGGGGGAGGAGAGAGCGGUGCAGGGGAGUGUGGAGGCGUGGCUUGGAGAAGUGGCAGGAGAGGGGGGGAAUGGGGCGGAGGGGGCGGAGGGGGUGGAUGGGAGGGGGAUUGCAGAUGGGAGGGGCGGCGCGGAUAUAGUGGCGGUGGGGCUGCAGGAGGUGGAGAUGAACGCAGGGGCCAUUGCGAUAGCGGCGGCGAAGGAGUCGGUGAGGAUGGGGCUGCAGGAGCGGGGGUCGGCACUGGGGGACCACUGGGUGGCGGCUGUGGGCGCUGCUCUGAACUCCAAGGGUGUCUUUGUGCGGAUCAUGUCGAGACAGAUGGCAGGGAUUCUCAUCACCGUUUGGGCACGGGCGUCGUUUGCCCAUCUCAUCUCUGAUGUGGAAGUGGGUGCUGUGCCUCGGGGCUUUGGCCGAACGCUUGGGAAUAAGGGAGCGGUGGCGGUGCGCAUGAGUGUGUGUGGUCGCUCCGUGGCGCUUAUCAGCUGCCAUCUCGCCGCCCACAUGGACGGGGUGGCCAAGCGCAACGACGACUGGCGCCGCAUCUACCGCCAUCUCUCCUUCUACCGCCCGCAGCCCACCCUCGCCUCCGCUGCCUCCUCUGCUGCGAGAGCCGCUGGGGGCGGGCUGAAAGCUGGCCUGCAGUCGGCAGUGCAAGGGAUAGUCAAGGCUGCUGCAGGGGCGGCGGUCGGAGCUGCAGCAGCAGCCGCAGGGGCAGCAGGAGCAGUGGCAGGGGCGGCAGCAGGGGCAGGAGGGACAGGAGGGGCAGGGGGUUUAGGAGGAGCAGGAGCAGCAGCAGCAGGGGGGUCAGGGGCAGGAAUGGGAAUCAGUCCAAAGAGGGGAGGGUUUGGGAGCGGGCGGCUCACUGGGGAUUCACCGGGCGGGAGAUUUGAUUGGUCGGAUGAUGCCACGUCAUGGCUGGACGACUUGGUCCUUGCACGUGAUGGGGAGGAGGAGCUUGAGGAUAUGAAGACACCAGAGCUGGCAGACGCAGAUCUGCUGGUGUGGAUGGGCGACCUCAACUACCGUGUGGAGGGCGUCUCCUACGAGCAGGCCAAGGGGGAGGUGGCGGCACGCAAUCUGGCAGUGCUGCUGGCGGGGGACCAGCUGCGGCGGGAGAUGGCUUGUGGGCGGGCGUUCCGAGGCAUGGAGGAGGGGCUCAUUGCCUUCCCCCCCACCUACAAGUUUGACCGAGGGACCACUGAUCCCCUAGCGUAUGACUCGGGGGAGAAGCGCCGUGUGCCCGCAUGGUGCGACCGAGUGCUCUUCCGAGAUAGCUUCACUCCCAGUCUGCUCCCCUCACCGCCGCCCACAUUGCCGUCCACACUUCCACCCACCUCCCUACCUUCCCUGCCUUCUUCUCUGCCUCCCUCCAUGCCUCCUGUGCUCCCCUCUCCCCCCACUUCCUCCUCCUCUCCCACCCUUCCCACUCUCGCUGCUCCUCUCACUAACACGAGCCCCACCUCCGCCUCAUCAUCACCAGCAGCAGUACCAGCAGUGGCAACGGCUGCAACGGCGUAUGCAGAGCCACGCAAGCUGAGCAAAACAGAUGAAAGCACAGGAGACAUGAGUGAGGUUCAUAUUUUCCAGGGCCUGGUCAAUGAAAGGGAGACUCUGCCAGUAGUAGAACACAGUAAUUUUGCGCCCGGGUAUGGCAGCACUGGGGACUUGAGUAACAAGGAUUUGAGUGGUAACGGAAGGUCUGGUAGUGGCUCUAGCGAGGAUGGUAGCAACAGCCCCCAGGCACCUGGUGGUGUUCCUGCUGCCUUCACUGCUGCGUCCUCUAGUUCCGCUGCUGCUGCUUCUGCUGGUGCUCCUACAGCUGCUGGUGGGGGUGGUGGUGCUGCUGUUGCUGCUGGUGCUGCUGGUGCUGGUGGUGUGACUGCGAGUUCCAGUGCUGGUGCUCUGCAAAGAGCACUCAAGCAGCAGGAGAGCACUCUCGCCCAGCCAAUGAAGGCUCGAGUGCAGCGCUACGACGCCUGCAUGGCAGCCACUCAAAGCGACCACAAGCCCGUCAGGUGCCUCCUGGACGUCUCCGUUGCUUCAAUAGACCUGCCCGCCACCAGGUGCCUGCUCGGCCGCCUGCUCACCCUCAGCAGCCAGGUCCGGGCAGCCCUGCAAAAUUCGCCGCACCUGCCCGAUGUGCCAGCUGCAGGCUCGUGUGUGGAUGUGGAUCCUUCGACUGGGCAGGCUUCAGUGAUUGUAAUGAAUCGGAACGACAGUGACUCUAUGGGGUUCAUUGUGCAGUGUGAGGGGGAGACUGUUUCUUGGUCUGGGAGGGAGCAGGGGGGUGAGGGAGCAUUGGAGCAAGGGAGUGAGGGAGAGAGGCAGCAAGGGAGUGUAAGUGGAGGGAAAGGCACAGGGGGAAGCAGAAGGGGAGGUAGCAGGGAGAGCAGUUGGCAGGGAGGACAGAUGGUGCGGGCAGGUGGUGGAUUCCCUCUCUGGAUCAAGGUGCUACCUGGGGCAGGCAUCCUGAUUGCGGGUGGCAGCAUGACCAUCAACUUUUGCAUCUCACCCUCCUCUGCUGAAGCACCUGCGUUUAGCAUGGGGCACCAUGAGGCAAACAGUGACCUGCAGCAGCAGCCGGCGAAGCCAAAGCCUGUGAGCGGGUCUGGUGACGAGGGGAUGGAAGUGGGACAGAAACAGGAGCAGCAGCAGGUGGCUCAGGAGCAGGGGGGCGCAGGAGUAGGGGAGAGGGUUCUAGAGAUGUCUCUCACCACGUGGGGGCCAGCACCGGUCAGCACACACACCCACCGCUUCUUUCUCCGCAUCCCACCAUCCUUGCGUCUCCCGUAUGAGCCGUUUGAGUCGACUCAAAAUACACAUGUGAGCACGUGGGGUGGUGGGGCCAGCAUGUAAGCGACCCAUUGUGUAAAUAGCCACAGUUGCAUGCGUUGCCCAGGCUGCAGCUGCAGGCGAGCCUUCAGGGACGGGGCUUGCCUUCUUCCUAGCUUAGUCGUAGGAAGCCUAGGGCUCUGCAUGCUGACUGUUGAGUUGUCUGUCUGUUGGUUUUCCAGCUUGGCAUUAAUUUUUUAUCACAAUCGAGCAUAAAGUGACAUUGGGAUU